GAACCAAUUACAACGUCAAUAUUUACAUUAUGAAUGUCUGUUUUUUGUCGCAGAGGGCGCUAGAGACAAAAGCAAAAUGGAUGUGGUGAGAGAAAAGGAGCAGCUGCUGUCAAUAAAAGUAAUGAGGCUGACUAAGCCUUCAUUUGUCUCAAACACACCAGUGCUAUGUGAGAGCAGAGAUUUGCCUGGAAAUGUUUCUUCUGAGAGUAAGUCGGCAGACUUUCUUCCCAGUCUGGGAGCUGUGUCUGGCCUUCCUGGAUUCACCAUGGGCGAGAUUCUUACUCUUCCUCAGAACUUUGGGAGCAUAUAUUUAGGUGAAACAUUCUCCUGCUUCGUGAGUGUACAUAAUGACAGUAUACAAGCAACACAGGACAUCCAUGUGAAGACUGAUCUACAGACCAGCUCCCAGAGGCUGACCCUGUCUGGAGGGUCCACCCCACCCACCCCUAGCCUCGCCCCGGGAGCGUGCAUCGACCAAGUCAUUCAUCAUGAAGUCAAAGAAUUGGGCACUCACAUAUUGGUUUGUGCUGUCAGCUAUACCUCACCAACCGGUGAGACACUGAGCUUCAGAAAAUUCUACAAGUUUCAGGUUCUCAAGCCUCUUGAUGUGAAGACAAAGUUUUACAAUGCAGAGUACUCUCUCAGAAUGAGAGCUACCGGAGGAUAUCAGGAUUAUGUUUCCGAUGAGGUUUACCUGGAGGCACAGAUCCAGAACAUCACCCAAUCCCCUAUGUGCAUGGAGAAAGUGUCCUUAGAACCAGCGGCGGAUUAUACAGUGGAAGAACUCAACUCAACCCAGACAGACGAUACAUCCAACAGGAAGCUCAUUUUUGGCGGCUUCACUUACCUGAAUCCGAUGGACACCAGGCAGUACCUAUACUGUCUCAAGGCCAAGACACAGGCCGGAGCUGACCGUCCGUCCCUCAUCAAGGGAGUCUCCAGUAUCGGUAAGCUGGACAUCGUGUGGAAGACCACAUUAGGGGAAAAGGGACGUCUCCAGACCAGCCAACUCCAGAGAAUGGCACCUGGCUAUGGAGACUUGAAGCUGAGUAUUGCACAAAUACCAGACAGCGUUCCACUAGAGAAACCAUUCCAACUCACCUGUAGGGUUACAAGCUGUUGUGAACGAACAAUGGACCUAAAGCUUGUGUUAAAUAACACCACCGGUCUGGUUUGGCUCGGUAUCUCCGGCAAGCAACUGGGUAAACUAGGACCAAACACCAGUAUGGACAUCAAACUUCAACUCAUUCCAACCAUCCCAGGAUUACAGAGCAUAUCUGGCAUGCGGCUGAUCGAUCUUUAUCUGAAGCGGACUUAUGAGCAUGACGACAUCGCACAGGUCUUUGUCUAUACAGAGCAAGAUGGCGCUGUGAAGAAUAUCUGAUAUAAUAGUACUUCUAGCUUUUUUAUUUAUUUCAAUACGAUUGAUAUAAACCAUACUUUCAAUCGUGAUUAAGUUGCCAUUUUCACUUUAUAUUUAGUCUAAUCCUGGAAUUUGUGAGAAGCUGAUAUCAACUUACCCUACCAAACAUGCUAAAAUGACUAGCCUACAAUGGCUGUUCAUUGUUUUGAUUCGUAAAUAUGAAUAUGAUUACUAGUUGAUAGCAAUCAUAAAAAGUUAGUUAUUUCUUUAGUUGAUUUCUAAAGGUGGGAAGCUAAAAAAAGAGUGAAGGCUAUUGAAAUACCUUGUCCUAAUAAGGACUACUUUCUUUUUACCUUUGAUGUAUUUUCUCUCUAAACAAUACACCCCUUGACCCAGGUGAAUAAAAGUUAUACAAGUAUUCGGUACCACAAAUUUGUAAAAUAGCCUUAAGCUGUCAAGGCAAAUAAUUUAGGCUUAGUACCAGCCGCAUAUUGAAGUGAAGCAACUAAAAUAACGCAAGGGUUCUUACGAAAUCCUCCUGGCAAAACGAAAUCACAGCUAGCCGUUUAGCUUCCAUUGUCUCUUUCCGUUCUAUUAUGUAUUGUCUCACUCUAGCGUUCACUCAUUCAUGCGAUUUUACUCCGAGGGGUGCAUAUAAAAAAGCUUCAGUAUGUCCUUUUUAAGGCCAUUUUACAAAAAGUUAUCAUGGUAUCUUUGCCAUCCAUUGAUGGUGACUCAAUGAAAUCCUUGAAUUCAUUUGGCUGUUGAGCUUUGUAACCUUAGAUGAUAGUUCUCAUUGGAUAACAGAGUUACCAUAAUAAGGAACUUUUAUGCAACCGG